AAUAGCAUCAAAUAUUUUGUUAAAAGAAUGUGCUGGCAGUAUCUUUUUCUCACUUCACAGACUUUAAAACGAAAGGAGAUCAGACAACAUAUUAAUGACACUCCAAUUAAUCACGUGAGCCUCUUGUCGCGAUAUGUUAUGGCAUUUGUUAUACAGCUUGGUAACUUCGUUUACCACUCCAUUGCGAAGACUUGUUGACGAAGUCACUGCUGUUCGUGCAUAUUACUUUGAAAAAUUUGUGAUGUUGGAUGGCAAAAUUACAGGUCUGGAAAGAAGAAUUGAGUGUCUCGAGGGUCGUGGUGGUAGCAAUAGUUAUAACACCCAGUUGUCCCCAGAAAUUUCUUUGUUGCGCAAAAAAUUGCAACACUUGAGCGACAAGCUUGUGACGAUUCUUCCACUAUACAACGGUUUUGUGAGCGUUUAUAUCAAAUAGACAAAUCUAUACUGAGAAACAUGGUAAACAUUACGAACCUCAAAGCGCAACGUGAAGAGCGCGCAUUGUGAUCAAAUCAGGUAAUACACAGCUAUAAUGGUACGUUAUUUUUGAAAAUAGGUAACUUCAAUCGAAAGCGACAGGACGCCAUUAAUGGUAUCGAAACAGCAAUGUACAGUCCAUCAUUCUACAGUUCUCAAUAUUGUUACAAGAUGUGUGCUAAGAUCUAUAUGAAUGGUGAUAGUUUUGGAAAUGGAACUCAUUUAUCUUUGUUCUUUGUUAUCAUGAAAGGUGAUUACAAUGCUCUACAAACAAGGCCAUUUCAAAAGAAGAUCACAACGAUGUUUAUAGCUCAAGGAAAUGGUGAUCACAUGAUUGAUGCUUUUCAUUCAAAUCCUCAAAGUUCCUUAUUUAAGCGACCAGAGUCUGAUUUGAAUGUAUUAGGAUUGCCACUUCUAAUUUGGCCGAUAGAGAGUUUAAGUAAUCUUUCGUUCAUCAAAGAUGAUACAAUGUUCAUUAAGUUAAUUGUUGAAUGAACAAAAAAUCUAAAUACACUCGCUCCUUCUUCUCUAUCUUAGACACUGAAACUAUCUCAAUUCUUUAUCAAUCUUAAAUUAGCUUUAUACUUAGGCAAACGCAACCCGAGCUAAAUAUGUUGCAAACAACUCUCCUAGCUCUUUCACGUAAUUUUCAGUUGUCUAUACAAAAUUGUAUUUGUUGUAAAGCACUCAAUAGUGUUUAUAUAAGUUUUUUUGUUUGCUUCUGGUCAGCAUAUCCACAGUAAAGGAAUAUACAACAGUAGGUCCACUUCGCUGUGCAA